CAGAUUGCAUCGACGCUGUUUGUCACGGGUAGGCCCUGACAUGACCGAAGCAGGCUGCGGGGGUUAUACCAUACCUACAGAAUGCUCUCAGGAUGAAUUGUUUUACAAGACCUACCACCAGGCAGGCGGGAGGCGUGGAACAUGUCUCAUUAUAAAUAUCAAGAAUGUUCCUGGACAGGAGCCACGAUGGGGCACCGAACAAGACUGCAAGAAAAUUCAAGAAGUAUUUGCUGAUGUCCUUCGCUUUGAUAUUGAUUUCAAGAACGAUCGCACAAAGAAAGAAUUGGAAUGUGCUCUUCUAGAGUGUUCAGAGGCUAUUGGGAAGGACUUAAGCUCAGAUUGCUUCGCCUGCUUCGUGUUGAGUCACGGGGACGAUGAUUUCAUACUUUGCGGCGAUGGGCAAAAGUUUAACACACAAGACAUCUUCGCUUAUUUCACGGAUGAAGCCUGUCCAAGCUUGGCUGGAAAACCCAAAUUCUUCUUCCUCCAGUCUUGUCGAGGUAAAGGGGAAGACAAAAUGGGCUCUCCACUCAGCUACGCUGACUCUUCAAUGGAUACGAACAAAAGUCUUCAUACGCCUCAUGAUGAUUUCUAUGUCUUCUACUGCACAUCUCGAGGUCAGAAAGGGUUUCGAACCGAAUUCGGAUCAUAUUUCAUCCAGUAUAUCUGUGAAGUCGUCCUGAAACAGCACCGCAGGAGGAGUUUCCAGGCCAUGAUGACACUUGUCAAGAAGCAUAUGGGAGACCUAGAAAUUCAGAGAGAUGUGCGCGAAAUUGUGAAACAGAUGCCGCAUGAAACUUCCACUCUUACGAAGAAGUUUCGCUUUGCACCCGAACCACAGCCGCUACACGUGAUUGUACCUUCAACAUCGGAAAGGAACCAAUACGAAUUGAAGAGCGAAUUGUUUAAGAACAGUCUGUGGAAGGAGUUCGAAGGACUUCCUGUCGUCGUCAUAUUGGUGACUGGAAUCGUCCGCCCUGGCACCUCUUCUCUUGUAGACUACAUGAUCAGGUACUUGGAACAUCUUGAGAGCAAUCCAAGCCCAGAAAACUGGAUGGGUGACCCCAAGAAGCCGCUUGAAGGAUUCUCUUGGCAAUAUGGACUCACAACGCGCACCCGUGGAAUAUUUCUCUUCGAUCGAAUUUUCAAGGUGAAGCUGUCAUCCGGCACGGUGGCUGUCGUUUUGAUGGACACCGAAGGCUGUUCCAAGAAAAAUACUGAUGCCCAGAGCACCCUGUUUUCUCUCAGCAUGCUUCUUAGCUCAACCAUCGUUUACAACGUCAGACACGACCUGCACCAAACUGGUGUGGAGAACUUACAGUUUUAUGCUAACUACGCCAGUCAUGUCAAGGAGAACCUCAAGGAUAGCGAAGAGAACCUGAGCUGCGGCGAAUCUCAAAAGCUACUCUUCCUUAUUCGUGACUGGAUCAACAAGGAUCUAAUAUCGUACGGUUUUGAUGCCGAGAGGAAAGCCAUUGGCGAAUGGCUUCAACAUGAUGAAGAGGCAGAGGGUGCUGUGAAGAUGUGGAAGAAUGUGAGAGACAACAUCAAAGAUAUAGCUUUCUUCUUAAUGCCAUCCCCUGGGGAGAGCAUAAAAUCUGCAAAGGUCGACGGAGGAACUAAAGGCUUGUCCGAGGACUUUAAGAGGAAUCUAGAUGCUCUUUGUAGGCAUGUCUUUCACCCUGAUAAUCUCGUCCCAAGAUCCAUCAAAGGGAGGGAUUUCACCUUUAAGGACUUCACUGUUCUGUUCAAGAUAUACUUCCAAAUGGCUAAAGAAUGGAAACUGCCACCAGCCCCCUUGCUAUACAGCGUCACGAUGUUUCUUCACAACACCAGAGUACUGCAAGAUAUCCAGAAAAGCCAUGAGUCAGACCUUGAGCAGAGGUUGCUGCAGAGAAAGUCCACCGAAAGCGUACGUGAUCUUCUGAAAGCAGCAAGAAGUCAGCUGAAUCCCAACCAUCUGUUGCAGAACGCCACUGAGCUAGUGGGAAAUAGUAGUACUUUUCCGGACCAGAUUCAUCAGAUGAUGGACACUUCCUACAGAGCCAUUGACAGCGCACUUGGAGAAGCUGAAAAGAUAGCACGGGACAGUGACCAGUGUAAAGAACAGCUCAGCGAAGCAGAUGCCUUGUAUGCACGGUUGGACGUCAUCGCACGCAAUUAUGAGAAAGCCUGGCGUCGUGAAAAAAAGACGAUGAAGAAAAAGGAGGAUAUCGAAGAGGCACACGAGAGUCUGAAAGAAGAAGCCCUUUCAAAGCUUCACGAAACAUCCCAUGAAAAGGAGGAUAGGCAACGUUUUGUGAACUUGCUACGUAGCAAGAUCGAGUAUUCCUACGCAUCCAUGGCCAAGCCUGUUCUGACAACAAUGUUGGACGCGGAGAUUCAGCAACUUGAAAGCCAACGUAAUCAGCUGAGCAGCGCUCGGAGAAAGAAAUUCAAGAAGAUACGGAAGAUCGAUGAUCAAAUAGAAGAAAAGAAACAAAACCGGACUAAAGGCAUCGAAGAGAUGGAGAAAAAGCGGAAGGAGGCCGAAGAGAAUGUUGGAAAGGAGAAUCAGGAGAUAAAAAUAUGGAGGGAAGAGAUGACGGCACAGUUUAAGAAGAUGAAAGAGAGCCAGCCUCCAAAGAAUGCAGAAGAGUACAGGAACGACAUGCAACGCAUCUACAUCGACUUCAUGAAGCAACAAAAAGUUGAUCUGGAUGAGGUCGACAAGCAGAAACUAGCUGACGACCUCAUUUCUGACGAUUCUUUUCUCUCGAAGACUCUUGGGUAUUUUCUGGCCUUAUAUAAGAGGACCGAGCCUAAUGCUUCGAGACAGCCUUGAAGCUGGUGAAGCAAUCGCUCAUCUUAAGGUGGUCAAGCUCUACUAUGGCAUAAUUAAGGCCUGAGUUUUUUGGGGUUUAGCGCAUUUCACGACUUCUGGGGUGAGAUCGGGUGGUGUUGAUACAACCGGGUGUUAUGGGGCUUCUUCCUUUCCUUUUUUUCUGUCCAGCGCGCGGCCUGCCGUUAAAUAUACAAACAUUCCUUGCUGAAGUCUGUCGCUUGCACGGGCUGUUGCAAAGUUAAAUACCUUAUUAUUGCCCUCAAAUGAUACUUCAUCAGACGUGAGUACAGGCUGAAACUAAACAGUGUGCGUGAUACGUAGUACAGUGUAAUACGUGAUUUCGAUUCGGGGAGAAAUUAGAUUUAGCCCUAACAGAUCCGAAACUGAUUUUGGAAAUAAUCGGAAAGGAUCGAGUUCAAGACGAGGAACUCAGGCCUUAACUAUCUUUCACACCGAAAUAAAGAACUCCAAUCUGUCGAAUCGGGCGCCCAUGCAGUGGCUGGUUGCAAAUAAAGUUAGCACAGGAUUCA